UUUUCAUUAGCUAAGCAAGCUAAAGAACUUUCUUAUAUAUUUCUUGAUUUAGUUAGUAAUUAUAGUGAUCAAGGAUUAAGUAAUUAUAAAAUAUUAAAAUCAGGAUAUUGGAAAAAGGCUAGUAGUCAAGUAGUGAUUAAAAAGCUUGAAGCAUUUCAAAAUUUAAUACUAGAACUUAGAGAUCAAGAAUUUUCUCAAUUUUCUAUUUGUGUUAACUAUUAUAAUCAAAUUGUAGUUACUGACUAUUUUUACUAA